AUCAGUAGCCACAUCACCAGCAAGCAGCCACCAGCGGCUGCAGUUACAGGUUCCGCACUCGGUCGAAAGACAGGGAAAUAGCAACAGAGAGAGAGAGAGAGAGAGAGAGAGACCGGUCGGAAGCGGAAAAAUCCUUCACACAGGGUUUUGCACAGGACCCUCACACAGGACAGCAACUACAGACUCACACAGACAGAGCCAUGGUGGAAUACUACCAGAUAUUAGGAGUCCACAAAAAUGCAACGCAAGAUGACAUCAAAAAAGCUUACAGAAAAUUGGCACUGAAGUGGCAUCCAGACAAGAACCCAGACAACAAGGAAGAAGCAGAGAAAAAGUUCAAAGAGCUGUCAGAGGCAUAUGAAGUGCUCUCCGAUGAAAGCAAGAGGAAUAUUUAUGACCGAUACGGCAAAGAAGGCCUUUCAGGAGGAGGAGGAGGAGGGGGAGGAGGAGGCCAUUACGAACACUUUGGCGGCAGCGGCUUCACAUUCCGUAAUCCUGAUGAUGUUUUCAGGGAAUUCUUUGGCGGCAGAGAUCCAUUUGCAGAUUUUUUUGCUGAUGACCCCUUUGACGAUUUCUUUGGAGGUGGUCGCAAUCGCCAGAGGGGCGCAAGCCGAGGAAGGAUGGGGGGAUCACUCUUUGGUUUUGGGAGCUUCCCAGCGUUUGGGUCUAGCUUCUCAGGGUUCGAUUCAGGUUUUAGCUCAUUUGGAGACAUGGGAGGUGGAGGAAUCACUUCCUUCUCUUCAUCUUUUGGCGGUGGGGGAGGAAUGGGUAACUUCAGAUCUGUGUCGUCCUCCACCAAGUUCAUCAACGGCAGAAAGAUUACUACAAAACGGAUUGUGGAGAACGGCCAGGAGCGGGUAGAAGUGGAGGAGGAUGGUCAGUUAAAAUCCCUAACAGUUAAUGACAUUGCAGCUGAAGAACCCUCUGAGGAAGACUUUCGUCGCCGCAGACAGAACACACUUCCUGGCCACAGCCUGCACCAACGCUACCUGCGGAGCUCCGCCCAGAACCCCUCAGAGGAAGAGGAGGAGCACGGCCCACAGAGCCUGGGACUAACGAGAGGUCACACAGACACCAAGAGGAAGAAACUGUGGCUAAAGGACGGCGAGUCCAAAAAGAAAAGGGCUCCUCGACACUACCCUCGUUUUGGUGGACUUGGUGCAUUUUUUUAAACACCCUCAACCAAACACUUAGUAGGCACACAUAUAUAUCUGUUGGCAGAAGUGCCAUCAAUCAUACGUGGCAUUAGUUCAUCGUUGCUAUGUAUCUGAGGCCCAACAUCCCCACUGCGCCGCCAUAUCUCCUCUUGUCUAUCAGCUGCAGUGCAAAGCAUAACUCCUGCCUGCUUUCAUCCGCCUGCAGGGACCUCACUUCAAUGUUUUGUUUUGUCCAAGAUACAUUUUUAGUAGUUAAGCUUUUGCUAUUACUGUAUUUAUUGUGGGUGGGCCCUGCGGAUGUACAGUGAGCAUUCAGAACCUUAAUUAAUCUCCUGUGAUUGGACUUUUUACAGCACACAUUUUUCAGAAAGUGUGUUUGAUAAAGUUCAGGUGGAAGGAGAAUUAUAUUAGCUGCCUUGUUUGUGAUAAGUGUGAAAAUGAUUGCAGUAAUAGUGUAUAGCAUGAGCCUAUAAGUGAAGGUCAGUCUAUUCAGUGGAUACUAUUUUCAAUAGAGGCAAGGAGAGAAAGGACUAGUUUUAUUACAGAAAGAGAUAAACAUGUACUCCUCGCUCCUCCAUCAUACAUGAAAUCAACUCUCUGCUCUUUUACUACUCCCCCAGGGUGAAAAAUAGUUAUUAACCCCUCUCCAAGUCAUUAUUUUCUUCUUUUUUUUUUUUUUUGUAGGAUUCUUUGUACCAAGUGGAUUCAGCAAUAUGUUAACCUUCUGUGGGUUUUUUUGUAAAAUAAUUCUUAAACUAAAAUAUGAUUUUCCCUCAUCUGAUUUGUCCUUGACACGUUGUUCUCAUGAUAACUGCAAGUGGAAAUGCAGAAAUGUCAGAGAAAUGUUCAUUUUUUAUGGACUCCUACCAAUAAAUGCUUAAAGAAAAACA